CCAGCAUUGUUGAUGGUUAAUAGUGCUAGUGAGUUUAAAGGAUCAUUUGUGAAAGGAAUAGAGCAAUAUAAUGUUCCUAUAAGAGUUGUCGAUCUUUAUAACUUUAAGAGCUUAGCAUUAGUUAAAAAAUUUGAACAAGAUUUGGUAAGACUUAUAUACAAAAUUCAAUAUGCCAUAAAGGAAAAACUCAAAGAAGGCAUGUUAUCAUCAUAUGCAAUAUUAUUGGGAGAAGUAAUACCUAAAGUAUCUACCAAAUCUAAAAGACCUAUUGGAAAAGAUGAACCACGAUUACAGAAGGAGCUUAUAGUAAGAUAUCUAUUAAAACCCGAUAAGCUAGAAGGGGGGCAUAUGUAUAGAAAAACUGACCUGUGGUGGUCAUUGCAUAUCUAUAAAAUCAAAAAAGUUAUUGUUGGUAAAAUCCACCACAGCCAGUCUUAUACUAUUUUGAGAAUGAGCCAAUUGAUUCAACUAAACAUUUAA